GGCGGUUGAUAACUUAUCGACCUAAAUAUUUUACCUUCUUUUGGGAACCUUUACAAAGCGAACAAUAGAAUCCGAAUCGUAAAAAUGGGAAGAAUAAAGAAGAAGGGUGAGGCUGGAAAUGCCAAGAACUAUAUAACAAGAACCCAAGCUGUGAAGAAGCUUCAAAUCAGUCUUCCAGAUUUCCGAAAGCUAUGUAUAUGGAAAGGAAUCUUCCCACGAGAACCUAGGAAUAGGAAGAAGGCUUCCAAAAGCUCUACCGCAUCGACCACCUUUUACUAUGCUAAAGAUAUCCAAUACCUUCUGCACGAACCAUUAUUACAAAAGUUCAGAGAACAAAAGGUCCUCGAGAGGAAGAUAUCUAGAGCUCUUGGUCGCGGUGAUGUGACCGACGCAAGCCGACUCGAGCGCAAUGCCGCAAGACCUGAUAAGACAGGCAAACCGCGAUACACCCUCGAUCAUGUUAUCCGAGAACGAUACCCAACUUUCGUCGAUGCUCUGCGCGAUCUUGACGACUGCCUCUCCAUGCUCUUCCUCUUCGCAAACCUCCCAUCUACAUCUACCGUUCCAGCGAAGAUGAUUGCGCGAUGCGAACGACUAUGUCUCGAAUUUCAACACUACCUGAUUGUAUCCCAGAGCCUGCGCAAGUCUUUUCUGUCCAUCAAGGGUAUUUACUACCAAGCGAAUAUUCAGGGUGAAGACAUCCUUUGGCUUGUCCCGUACAAGUUCAAUCAGAGGGUUGUGGGAGAUGUGGAUUUCCGAAUUAUGGGCACAUUCAUCGAGUUCUACAUGACACUUCUGGGUUUUGUUAACUUCAGACUAUACACUUCCGUUGGGCUGAAAUACCCGCCCAAAUUCGACCAGGCCAAAGAUAACCAGGCUGGUGAGCUUGGUGCUUUUAAGCUUGAGGGCAAUCUUGCGACUGCUGUUUCUAAUGAAGCACCUGCGCAAUUGACAAAUGGAGAGGAGGAAGCUGGUCCGGACCCGAAAACACAAGCCGAAGUCAACAAGCUUAUCAAAGAGAUGAGAGAAGUUGAUGUUGACGGAGAUCGUGUCGAGACUGAAGCUGAUAAGGAAGAAGGGACCGCUGACGCAAUUGACAAGUUCGAGCCAGCCGCACCAGGUGGUGACGUCCUACCUCAGCCUAGCUACUCUGGAAAUGAACCUGAGUCGUUGUUCGCGAAUUACACAUUCUUCUUGUCCCGAGAAACCCCAAGACAACCUCUAGAAUUCAUACUCCGUUCAUUUGGCUGUAAGCGUAUCGGCUGGGACUCCGUAUUGGGUGAAGGCGCAUACACAACAAAUGAGCGGGAUCCUUCUAUCACACACCAAAUAGUCGAUCGCCCUGUUAUACAAGCUACGACACAAGAAGAAGGUGAUGGUGAGGACAACCAAACAUCGCAGAAACUUGCGGCGAACCAAAGGAUGCCUGGCCGAAUUUACGUUCAACCUCAGUGGGUAUGGGAUAGUAUUAAUGAUGGGGAAUUGAAGCGACCGGACCUUUAUGUCCCCGGAGCUCAAUUACCACCACAUUUGAGUCCAUUCGUGCAAAACACCCAAGGCGCCUACGAUCCAACGAUACCUUUGGAAGAACAACAAACCGAGGGUGAGGCGUUGGAGGAUAGUGAAGAAGAAGUUGAUGAGGAUGAGGAUGAGGCGGAUGAAGAUGAAGAGCUUGAUGGCAGCUUAGCCGUUAAGCGGAUAGAAGGUGGUGCUGAUGGUAUGGACAUUGCGCAAUCUGACGAAGACGACGAAGAUGACAAUGGCUCAUUCGGAGGUUUCUCGGAAGAUGAGAAGGCAGGUGAUGAUGCAGGGGAAUCAGAAGAUGAUGAACAGGCUGCUGAGUUGCAAUAUCAACGAGAGCUUGAAGCUGAAUUGACAGGCAAACCUAUCAAACAAGCCACUUCUAACCCUCAAUCUAAGGCUAAGGCUGAAGCAAAGAAGAAACUUGCGAAAGCAGCCAAAGAAGAAGCGGAAGAGCUCGAAAGAGCCAAGGGUAUGCUCAGCAAGAAGAAGAGAAAGCUAUUCGAGCAGAUGCAGUACACCAACAAUAAGAAGAGUGCAGAGGAUCAAAAGCUCAGAUCUAAGAGGAGAAAACUGGAGAAGCAAAAGGCCAAGGCCAAGGCAUAGAUAUUUACAUAGAGAAUUUGGGUGUUUGGGGGGUUAUGAAUAUUUUGAUAAUACCAAUUUAAGAUGGUUUCGCGAGAUCAUUAAAUGAUUUAAGUUA